AGCACAUCAGCAUUAGACCAUCGCAUUGCCCUAAGAAGACCGAGUCUUGGACACCAAGAAAUCUUUUUCGCGCAUCCCGGAUUCACCGGACCACAAGAUUCACGUACCAGCUGAGGCAAUACACAGGUAGGUCAUUCCACUCAUCGACCUGCCCGUCUCUCUCUCAUCCUAAACCCAAGCACACCCACUGCCAUGUCCGAAACCAACCAUCCGCCGACCACAACGACAGCAAUAAUCGAUCAGGGAUCACAGCCCACCUCCAACCCAGGCACCACCAUCCUUAUCCUCAUCGCCGUCCUGCUCCCCCCUUUAGCAGUCUCCUUCAAGCGGGGCUGUUCGGGAACACUGGCAGUCAACAUCCUCCUUACACUGAUCGGCUAGUUGCCUGGCGUGCUGCACGCCGUCUGUGUGAUAUCCACCUGAUUCCAUUCUAAUUCGAGACGGGCCAUUUGAGCAGGUGAAACGACGAGCAUCGUCACCUUGGAACUCGA